GGGAAACUCCUCGGAAUUCCAGAAAGCAGUGAAGUUGGUGAUUGACACAGUUUCAUUUGAUAAAGACUCAACGGUCCAAGUUUUUGAGGCAACAAUCAGGGUUUUGGGAAGCCUGCUUUCUGCCCACAUCAUAAUAACAGACAGCAAACAGCCUUUUGGUGAUAUGACCAUUAAGGAUUAUGAUAAUGAGCUGUUGCACAUGGCUCAUGACCUGGCAGUGAGACUACUUCCAGCCUUUGAGAACACCAAAACUGGAAUUCCAUAUCCUCGGGUCAAUCUGAAGAAGGGGGUUCCUCCAGACAGCCACAAUGAAACCUGCACUGCAGGAGCUGGUUCCUUGCUGGUGGAAUUUGGUAUCCUCAGCAGGCUGCUUGGAGAUUCUACCUUUGAGUGGGUGGCCAGGAGAGCUGUUAAAGCACUCUGGAGUCUCAGGAGCAACAACACUGGACUGCUAGGAAAUGUUGUGAAUAUUCAAACUGGCCACUGGGUUGGAAAGCAGAGUGGCUUGGGAGCAGGGUCGGAUUCAUUCUAUGAGUACCUUCUGAAGUCUUACAUCCUCUUUGGAGAAAAGGAAGAUUUGGAGAUGUUCAACAAUGCUUAUCGGAACAUUCAGAACCACUUAAGAAGAGGCCGAGAAGCUUGCAAUGAAGGUGAAGGUGACCCUCCUUUGUAUGUUAAUGUAAACAUGUUCACAGGACAGCUGAUGAACACAUGGAUUGACUCUUUGCAAGCCUUUUUUCCUGGACUUCAGGUGUUGAUAGGAGAUGUGGAAGAUGCUAUUUGUCUCCAUGCUUUUUACUAUGCCAUAUGGAAACGAUACGGAGCCCUCCCAGAAAGGUACAACUGGCAAUUGCAAGCUCCAGAUGUGCCCUUUUACCCACUGAGGCCAGAGCUUGUGGAGUCCACAUACCUUCUUUAUCAGGCCACAAAGAACCCAUUUUACCUCCAUGUUGGAAUGGAUAUUCUACAGAGUUUGGAAAAAUAUACAAAAGACAAGUGUGGCUAUGCUACCUUACACCAUGUUGUAGAGAAGACAAAGGAAGAUCGAAUGGAGAGCUUUUUUCUUAGUGAAACAUGUAAAUAUUUGUACCUGCUGUUUGAUGAAGAGAAUCCACUGCAUAAAUCUGGAAAUAAGUAUAUGUUUACUACUGAGGGACACAUUGUGUCUGUGGAUGAACGUUUUCGUAACUCACUGUGGCAAGACAUCCUCCCUGGUGAUGAGGACAGCACAGAGAAAAUUAAACCUAACGAGUUAAAGGCUGGCAACUUCAGCUCUAAUUGCAACCGAGUUCCUGAUGAGAGGAGGUACUUGCUGCCACUGAAGAGUAACUACAUGAGACAGAUCGAUCGAAUGGUGGGCUUGAUCUGAAUGGUUCUUCAGAGUAACUUGUAUGUCAGGAGGAGCAUGGGAUCUGGCUGUAGACAUUCCUCUCCUCUUCAGCUACACACCUGCACAUGCUGAUUCACUUGGGUAUCCCCCAUGCUUGUUGGUUUUCAGUUAUGGACAUGAAGGGAGAUCAGGUUGUCCUCCAAGUUCUGUCUUCCAGGCUGUGGUUUCUCCAUGUGCCACCUGAAUAGAGAUUGUUUUCUUUCAAGACCUCCUAUGAAAAAUGUUGUUGCAAAUGAAGGCUGAGUAUACUUCA